CGAACUCGCUGCUGUGGGUAGGUUUGGUGUAAGAGUGGGGAAUACAGAUGUGUGCGUUGAGUUUUACUAUAGUAAUGUCAGCAUUCGGCGUCAGGACGAGAGACUGUGGGGUUGACUACGUAGCAGUAUGUGGAGUCGUUGUCCAUGCGUAAGCAGCAUAUGUUGCCGCGGGGCUUUUAUAUCGAAUCGUACCCAACAUCGUUUGCGGGUCCUUCCAUGAAGAGUACAUUCCCAGACUGCGCAGCUCGACUUCACGCUACAAUGUUCAUUUGUAGCUUUGAGGAAGGGACGCAGAUUACAUCCUCUCAGCAGUCACGUACUAGCAGUUCAAUACCUCACUCUGACUUCUCCAAUCCUCAAUGCUGUGGUAGGUGAUAAAUAGAUCCAGCAUGCAUGAUCCAAAACCAGCUUCGCGAUCAUCUCUACCAUAUCUCUGAUACCCCACCCCUGGCUCGUCAGAGUAUCCUAGAGUGUAAUGUCUGCAAACGCGCGUCUAGCAGCUCUCGAGGCUCUCGCCCGUGAGAACCAAGAAGAGAUAGAGGAACUAAGCCAUACGAACAGGCUACUCAACAAUCAGAACAUCAAGACGCAAGAAGAACUCGCCAAGUUGGAAGAGGAUGUCAGCAAUGUAUACCCCGACUUCGAUACGAGGCGUAGCAACGCCUUGAACUUUCAAAGCGACCCCUCACCACCUCUUCAUGAUCCAUGCGUCACUAGAAAUGUCUCCCACGCUCGUCCACUCUUGGAUCAGCGUCCACCACCAGGGCCGUUGCCGACACCAUUCUACAUGACUGCCCGCGACGCCCCACGACUAUAUUUAGAGUUCGUGAUACUAGGAUCCAAGAGCGAGACGUUGAGGUUAGCUGUAAACAAUAUAGAUCUGGCCUUCAUAUUACAGCAGACAUUGCGACGGAGAGAGUGGGGCGAAGCGACGACGGAGAGGGCUGUCGAGAAUUUCCUAGAGCAGCCGAUGAUGAAGGUUACGUGGACGAGUAGAGAGGGGGAAUUCGGAAAUUUGACGUAG